AUGGCGCCAGGUCGGCUACUCCAGGACAAGGUCGCUCUGGUCACAGGUGGUGGCAGCGGCUAUGGUGAGGGUAUUGUGAAGCUCUUCGCCGAAGAGGGCGCCAAGCUCUUGGUGGGCGACAUCAACGAGAAAGCUGGCCUACGCGUUGUUGAUGAGCUAGUCACCAACAAUUGUUCUGCGAAAUUCAUUCAGAUGGAUGUGACAAAACGACCAGAUUGGGAUCGAGCUCUCGACAUUGCGAAGUCUACAUUUGGAGACAUCGAUAUCCUCGUCAAUAACGCCGGCUGGACGUACCGUAGGAAAGAUACACUCACGGUCCCUGAGUGUGAAUACGACCGAGUUUUCGACAUCAACGUCAAAAGCAUAUACCAUGCCACUAACGCCAUCAUGCCGCAUUUCUUGGAAAAGCAAUCUGGCAACAUUAUCAACAUCAGCUCUUGCAUCACCGAAGAUCCGACCACAGGCCUCACAUGGUACGGUGCAAGCAAAGGUGCAGUCGACAUGAUCACCCGACAUCUCGCUGCUGAGUAUUCUCAUUUGGGGGUCCGUGUGAACGGAGUUUCUCCAUCUAUUGGCAAUACUGCGCUUUUCAAUGACUUCGUUGCCAAUAACGCCCCAGAUGAGAAGGUAUUCCAGAACCUUUAUCCCCCAUUAGGACGGCUUUGUUUGCCCCUCGACAUUGCCAAGGGGGUUUUAUACUUCGCUUGUGACUAUUUCAAUGACUUCCAGACAGGCAUAAUCCUGCGCGUUGACGGAGGCAAAUAUGUAAGCCAAAGACACUCCUUGGGUUUUGGAGAGGACCUAACCACCGUGGCAGAUUUGAAAGGGAGAGGGGUACAUGAAAGUGGGGGAAACAUCACCGAAGACAUGGCAAGAUGA